AUAAUCCAUUACUUUUGACCAGAGCCCGUCCAUAGGGUGAUCUUCAUAGGGAAUAGGGUUCCGUUUGGGAUGGAGUUCUUUUUUUUAGGUGAGGGACAUUCUGAUGUUCCCAUUUGACUAAUUCCUAAUUACUUUGUUUUGUGUCCCAAAGACAAAGUUCUGGGGUGCUUGAAUGGAUAAGGUACUGUCUUGUACGAUUAUAAAAUACAUAUUGUUUAUCUUGUAAAAAUGUAUGAGGAAAAAAUACUUCACUAUCAAAGAACAAUAGAAAAAUUGUCAACACAUCACAUAUCUGACAUUGAUUUUAGUCUUGACUGUUGGCCUGUGUGUGAUUUCCUCUUGGAUCAAACCACGUCUGAUGCCUUCUAGCCAUUGACCCAUGCUGUGUGUUUGUAAAGCAAGUCUCUAGCCCCGAGCGAAAGCCUGCUUUUGUCUGUCCUCACAAGACAAAUCUCUUUGCUUGGCGGACCAGAGAGGCUCAGGUUGACUCCAACCCAUUCAGAAAACAGAAACUGGAGUGAGUGGAAGCAGGUGCUGAUGCUAGACUAGACCACAGAGGUGGCAGUUUUUCAUGCAUUGCUGAUUUCUGACAGACCAUAAAUCAAAUUGCACAGACUGCACAAAAAAAGGGGGCUGUUUGAAAAGAGAAAAAAAGUAUGCCGAUUUCCUUUUCCUGGCCACAGCAGAGCAGACAAACGGUACACAAGAAAAAUACAAAGAAACAUAAAAGGGUGGAAAGAAAGUGAGCAAAGGGCUGUGAUCGGCUAACACAGGAGCAUCAUAAUCGCAUGGUGUGGAUUUCCGCUUUGGCACAUUUACUUUAAGCUACACAGCAGUGGCAGGGACACACCACACAUACAACACAUGCAGAGUUACUCUACUGUACUAGCUGUACCAGAGCUACACUAUGGCGCUGUGAAGAGGGAGCGAGCUCCACUCCACCAUGCAAUCCACCACGAACUUCAAUGGGCUCCAGCGACAGGGCAGCCAGGACAGUUACAUUAUGGAGGUCUCUCCGCGGAAGAAGGGUCCUCUAUGGUAUCGGCGCUCUCUGAGGGGACACCAUGACAAACCCAGUCAGAAUGGGGGGACUACUCCCGGGACUCUGCCAAGAGGCUGGAAACAGUCCAACAGAACCCGCUCAAACUCCUUGGUGGAUUAUUCUGACCCUCAGAGGACUACUGUUAUAAUGCAAAAGCAAGACAAUGAGACGUUUGGAUUUGAAAUUCAGACAUAUGGUGUGCAGCUGAAGAACAGCACUGCGGUGGAGAUGUGCACAUUUGUGUGCAAGGUGCAGGACGAUAGCUCAGCUGAGAGUGCAGGCCUGACCACCGGUGAUGUUAUCGUCACCAUCAAUGGGGUCAGCAUUGAGGGGUUGAGCCAUCAGCACAUCGUUGACCUGAUUCGAGAAUCCAACAACUUUUUACAGAUGGAGACGGUGUGUGGGACGGUGGUGAAGAGGAUUGAACUGGAGAAGAAGAUGAGCUUGCUCAAGCGUACCCUGGGAGAGAAAUGGGUGGAGUUGCAAGCACUCACAUUACAGGAAAAACGCCUUACGCGAGGUAACCUGAAUGACAGUUCUCUACACCCCUCUAUGGACUCCCUGAUGUCUCUACUGUCUCCGUCUGGACACAGUGACCACUGUGGCCACCGUUUCUCCAGUGACAGUAGCUGCCGGAGUGGGAUGACAGAGGACAGUGACCUGGCCAGUGUGUUUGGGGACCUGAGCUCUCCCAGCCCCUGCAAUGUGGCCAGUCCAGAUGAUAGCUGCUUCUUCUCCACAGACUUCCCCCAGGAAAUGCCCAGGGCCCAGGCCAGCCUCAGCCGUCCCCGCAGCGAUAGCCUGGCUGGCAGCAGUGGCUCCCUCUCCUCCACUUCUUGGGACCCCUCCAGAGCCUCCUCCCUGUUCGGGACACUCCCCAGGAAGGCUAGGAGAGCCAGCGUCCGCAAACACAUCCUGAAGUUCAUCCCUGGAUUCAACCACUCAGUGGAGGAGGAGGACACCUGACCUGAGCUAUGAACGAACACUACAGUAGGUCUGAUGUGAUGUUCAAUACAAACAUUUCCUGCUGAGACUGAAGCAUUGCCAAUAUGGACGCCGUGCCCCUGGCUCAGGAGUAGCCACUCAAUGAACAUUAUUGGGAUGAGAAGCAUUAGGAGGUAAAGAGAAAUCUCCCUUUGACAAAGGCCUUCAGUUAUCUAUUACUGUAUACGUGAUGCACAAUUUUCAUAAUGAGAAGACAGCAUUAAUCCUUAUAACGGUAACAAUUAUUUGUAAUAUAGAACACGGGAACUCAGUUCAUGUGUGUGCAGACAGUGCAACAAAGAUUGUGCUUGCCAUUUCUAAAAAUGUUACCAUUGUAUGUAGGGUGAUAACUAUGCAUGAAAAGCCAUGAUUUUACUCAAUUCAAUAUUUUGCUUGUAUAUAACUUGAGAAGUGUUAUGCUUUGCAUAUUUGAAAGAAUUUACCAGCAACAGUCUGUCAGGUUUGUCACCUAAAAAGUGUGAGUUCUUAACCAGGUAGCUAACUUCAUAGUUCAAAACAGGAUGUGGGCAGAGAAGGAGCUACUUUCUUGACUAUUUUUGUACCCAAACCCGAGUUUCAGGUUAUCUACAACUUACUUUCAGUCUUGAUAGUUAUACUACAAAAAACAACCGUCUUUCCUCUAAUUCAUGGCAUUUUAACAGAGUGCCAUGGAAUGUUACUCGACUGUUUUGAAUGUAUGCUUGAUGUGCCAUUUGCUGCUUUCACUGAGAUUCAAAAGACAUGUUUGAAAUUCCCUGAAGACAAGUGACUGUAAAAUUUUACAUAAAGUGUAUAGUGACAAUUUAGGAACCAACUAUUUACAUAUUCUCUCUCUCAUACUGCCCUCUAUUAUUUAAAGUACAUCUAUGUGAGAGUGAAAAAAAAUAACUGAUUAACAUCCACUAGAUGGCAUUGCAAGCAUUAAAUGCUUAGGACUUUGAAUUAUAUCAGAACAUAGAGUACAAUGCCACACUGUAAAAGUAGAAUGAGGUUCACAAUAUCUUGCCAAAUGUGAUGCCAGUGGGGUUCUGAAGUGGGGCGGCAGGUAUCCUGGUGGUUAAGAGCGUUGGACUAGUAACCAAAAGGUUUCUGGUUCGAAUUCCCAAGCUGACUAGGUGAAACAUCUCAUUGUGCCCUUGAGCAAGGCACUGAACCCUAUUUGCUCCUGUAAGUUGCUGUUGAUAAGUGAGUCUGUGAAAUAAAAGUAGGACAGUUAAAGGAAAUGUACAUAUACUGAUGACCUACACCAGAAGAUUGGAAUCCCAAAGCACAACAUUGGGGCACUCUAUGCUUAUUCUUCCAGACCAGGGGAGACCAGAUUAACCCCUUAACAAAAACACGAUGGUGUUUUUCUCUACGACCUCCACAAGUGUCAGGGGACUUGUCUGAAUGUAACCCGUAGUAACAAAUGGAAGUAGUUUUGCGGCAACAAAAAUAAGGUUAAAUAUGGAGAAAUAUAUAUAUACACAUACAUUUCCUGAGCUUUCUUAUAUCUCCUAGAUAUAGGAGACACUUCAAAACCUUAUUCCUCAUUUGUUUUUAUUGCUAUUUAUGAAUGUUUUCUUCAAUGCGAUUCUAUGGGCUAUAGUAGUAAAGGCCAAAAUAUUUUUAAUCAAAUAACUAUUUUGGGGGUGGACCUAAAAGGGUCUUAAUUUAAAAUCAAAUAGCUAAAUGAUCCAUUGUAUGACCAUCUUAAAACAAUUACAUAUGUUAACGUAGAAGAGGUGGGGGGGGGGAACUAACAGCUUAGACUGAGGUUAACAGGGUGGUCAGCGCUACAGCUCUAUACUGAAAAAGACUAUCCUUCCUUUCUCUUACGUACUCUGUUAGCUUGGAGUCAAAUGAGAAGACAGUAAACAAAGAAAAGAGCUGCUAAAAUGAGAAUUAGAGAGGGACAGAGAUCAUACAGAAUGUAAACCUUAUAUUCUCUUUUUACACAGCUAUAUGAUAUAUCCCAUUUAGCCGAAGCUUUUAUACAAAGCGACUUACUGUCAUACGUGAUAUGAUGCAACUUAGCCAGCAAUGGUAGGUGUUCUUGUUGCCAUCUCUUAAGGGACCCUUAAGCAUGCAACAUGUGCACUCUUAACUCCGUAGCUUACCCUGCUUUCCACAUGAGUAAACCUACAGGAGAACGGUCAUCUGGUCUCAGAAUGGCACAGAGGUGGUCACUCAGGAUGGAUUAUACUAAACAAUCAGUACAAUCAGUUCACUUGUCCAAGUCACACAGACAAAGAGCCAUUUGUUGGUCCAACACAAAACCUCUGUUCUUCAUUGGCUCAAACAUGCUUAAAGAAUUACAUCGCACACUAGCACAAAAAAGACAGCUCGGCCUCACAUCAUUGAUUAAAAUGCAGGAUGGUACUCUCCCUUACUAGCCAACGGGAUAACUCGGACCGAGAAUUAGUAUUUUGAUUGGAUGACCACAAUGGAUGACCGCAUUGGCCGGCUGAAGACGCUCAAACUGUCUGGCAACUGCUACGACAAAAUGCUCGUCGGGAAAAAAUCAAAAGAGGUGGACAAUUGACGAAGUCAGAGAAGUCUGAUUAUUUCAACACCACAAAAGGGGGUCAAAAAAAACUAUUUUGAACAAACAAAAACCAUGGACAGAGAAAAGAGCAUUCCUCCUCCACUGGACCUGGACGGGAUGGAGGGGAAUACGAACAGGGUGGCGGAGAUCAUCAGUGGGAUGAGUCUGGGAGCCAUCCAUUCUCUGGAGAGAGCUAUGGAGGAGGAGGAGGGAGAUGACUCUGUGUUCUAUGAUGAGGGUGAUGCUCCAUUAGAUGGGGAAGGAAGGUCUUGUCCCUUGGUCUGUGGGUCCACAGAGAAAUCAGCUCAACCACAGAAUGGGAAGGUGAGCCUACUCAAGGCUGAGACAGACGGUGUAGUCAUGGAGAAUGGGAUGAAUGGAACAGGGAAAGAUCCCAUCACGGACGGAGGAGAACGUCGGAGCUCUGCCCUUUCGGGUAAGGGUGAUACUGGGUCACAUCAGCACACCGCCAAUGGCCUAACUAAGCCCCAGACAGUCCAGACAGAAACAUUGGCACAAAUCCCAACUCAAACACUUGCAGAGCCACAAAAACAUACAGGACAGGAGACAUUGAUGAACAAAGGUAAGGAAAUCAGCAUUAUACAGAGAAUAUUCUAUACAAUCAAAGUAAAAUGGUCAGUAUCGAUAAUCCAGCACAUUCAUUCCACAAUUAAUAUUUUGGGUAAAAUUACCAUAUAACCACAUUUAUAAGCAGAUUUUAUAUUAUUUAGUACACUACAAUGAGAGAACUCAGAAUAUUAAAAUUGUUCUGAGAACAAGUGACAAAUGUGUACUUCUGCAUUUAAGCUUCUGCUUCACACAAGAUGGAGGUGAAAGAUACACAGGAGCAGACACCUGUUACUACUCCCCCACCUGUACCUGAGGAGGCUCAGCUAUACAGGGAGGCAGAGGCCCCAUGCUCCUCUGGUGAUGAGCCCAACAGUGCGAGCCAGGAUGAGGAGGACACAGACAAAGGUUCCCAGGAUUCCUUGGCCUGUCAGGGUACAAGUUCCCAGUCCUCAGAAGGACAGAAGUCUGGCCGGCCCCGUCAUAAGAAAUCCUCCGACCACAACACCAGCUCCAAAUAUAGCACUGUCUCCUACAGGAAGAUACGCAAAGGUAACACUCGCCAGAAGAUCGACGAGUUUGAGUCCAGAAUGAUGAAUCUAUAACGUUACAUCAAGUGAAUAUCUUGAAGAUGGUGCAGUUUUACUUCAACUGCAUGGAGCUGGAUGGGGGCAUGCUAAACCAGUCGCUAUGCAAAUUGGAAUAACGAUCACCUGUCGUCAUAGAUUGCGUCUCUGUCUAAUACACAAUCAUAACAGAUUGUCAGUGUAUCAUCUCAAAUAUUGACAUUUUUUCUGUAACGUUAAGUCCCUACUGAAGCCAAAAGAAUGAUUGACAUGUAAAGAGUUCACAGACUUGGAAUGACUACUGAGAGAAGCUCAAUAUGCAUAGUAGUAUUAUUUAAUUAGAAAAUUAGUGGGGAACAUUUGAUUGUGUAAGGCAGGUAUUUGAUAAGCAGAUAAAAAAAA